CUUGCCUCCGUCCAAAUCGGGAUCCAGGGAGCGACAACCCCCUUCGUCGACGAAAAAGCCUUCCUUCAGGCAUUCAAGGCCCGUUUUGGCAAUCUCGACGACGCCGCUGCGGCACAGGUGGAGCUUACCAAGCUCUGCUCCGACAAAACCAUGCGCGAGAAGCGCACCGCCGCAGAAUUCUCUGCGCUGUUCAAGGGUCCGGCGGACCGUUCCGGGUAUAGGAACCUGGAACUACGCGACAAGUACCUGAGCGGCAUCCCUUCCCGCGUCUAUCGCAAACUCGAGCUCGAAACCUUCGCCACGUGGCAAGCCGCUGACAAGCGCGCCACCGAGGUCGAGCAAAUCCUCGAUGUUAGCCGGGCUCGUCGGCCCGAGCUAAACAGCUUCUUCUCGGCACGAGGUCGAGGACGCGGAGGGGCACGUGGUGGUGCACCCUCGUCACACGCAGCUUCGGCCAGCAUCAACGCAGCCGACAAGCCUUACACAAAACGCGCCGACGCGCGGGCUACGGUUGCCUCGGGAUCCACCCAGGCGGCGACAAGCGCCCCCGUCACGACAUCACCCUUGGCAAGUAUAAGUGCCGCUUCAGCGAAAUCCGAGCAAUCGGAGCUGGCGGACUUAAUGGCACAGGUGAAGUCGAUGCGCGAGGAGCUCGAGCACUAUUGGGCGAUGAAGGAGGAGGGUUUUUGA